UCGAGUGGGACAUGCGCAGUGGCAGUAUCUUAGAAGACUGCAGACGAACUGACUUGAUCACGAUAGAACAAUUUGGUUAGUAGAAUGAAAAUGUGUCCGAAAACUAAUCACUCGGGAGCUGUAACAACAGAUAUGGAUAGGCCGUAAUACCUAAAGCCUCCAUUUACUCUCGCAGCAACCGUCGAUACUAACGCACCAGGGAUGCAGGCGAGCGUGCCCGAUCUAUCCCCGAUCACGGUGAAUGAGUCAGUUUGAAGCAAGGCUGGACCAAGAAACGGGCCGGUGACACCAUUAUUCAAAGACUCGGAGAAACAAUAGAAACAGGACGCAAGCCAAAGAAAAAAAUUGAUCACUUCCUAUGGCCCAAGAUAUUGUGAAACAUCGGAACGAGCAAGCCUAGCUGUGGGCGAACCGAGUUAUGAUGCGUGCGAUAGUUUCUCACUGGUUGGGCGGAAUAAUCGCUAAGAUGACAAUUUCCUCUUCAGUUAAGUGGAGGCACUGACCAGACUCCCAUUUGCCACAGAGGGCGGACCAAGUGUGCUGGAGUCGCUCCGUGGCUAAUGAAUGACUUCUCUGACAAGUUGCAGAUUGGACAAGCUAUGAUAUGUGAACAUAGUGACAUAUAAGCUUGGGGACACCUUGGUGAUUUUGACAGUUUUACCAUCAUCGUUGAGUCGAAGAUCCUCUCAAUGACACAUGUGAUCCAAUAUUGAAAAGCGGACAUGAGCAAGCAUCCAUCAUAUUCCUUGUUUCGUUUUCUGACUAAACAGUGGAUGAGGAGUCCUUUACACAUGGUUACCUUGGUUAGGAACAGGGAAACUGAAUAACAUAACCAAAAGUGCCAUGUAAGAAUUUGUGUGAUUUCUUACUGUUGCAAGAAGCAUGUAUGUCAAAGUACUCAAGUAAUUUGCUUUACAUAUAUUGAUCGGUAAAAGGAUAUAUAGGAUACCGAUAAGAGCAGUGGAGAGUGUUAUUAGGCUCUAACGGAGAAAAAGUAUGCUGCUAUGACCAUAUCAUGCACAGUGCACCCAUUUAAUAAGUCAUGGAUGUAACGGCAUUGCAGGCAAGACUGAAGUUGAACUGCGCUAUGAUGACAGGCUAUUGAUUCAGGAACACUGUUAUGCUGGUUUAAAAUGAGGCGACAAAAAAACAUCGACGUGAGAAGUGCCUAGCUCUCAUGGCUUGUAUGAUUAAAACUUGAGUUGUUUGGUCAGCUUUUGGGUAAAGAAGAGAUGAAAGAAUUGGAUGCUUUCAGUCGAAGAUUGAGUAUAAUCAAAAUAUAAUUACUGUGAUACCUAUUGGCGCCAUCUACUUCAAACAUUUGAACUCCAAAUGGGGGUUCCUUUGAAGCCUGUUUGUUUUCAGACCAUUGAAGAAGUUAACAACAGCUGAGGAUCAACGUAUGGAGAUAUUUCUAUCGAGAUAUUUGUAGUUUUUAUUCUACAUCAUAUUCUUCAUUCCAUCAUUGACAACCUCAGCCAAAAAUUGUCAUCAGACUAUUCUGAGUAAUAAGUUCACCGUCGAAAAUGCAUGUCCAUUUCGAGCAGACGACAUCUACUCGUACUGAUUCCACUAUCCAUUCGUUGUCAUGGAUGGGGAAGGUUCCCGAUGGGCUACCUGAUGAAGGUGGGGGAUGGAAACUCAACCGAUCCCAGUAUUACAUGGAAGGAUGGUUGGCUAGCGGUAACGCUAAGGGCGUGGUUGGGGUCACAUUUACUACCAGCCAUUGUCGCAAGUAUGAAGCGCCACCUCGUUCAAACUUCAAUCUCCGAGGCCAUCGAAGUGAGGUGAUCCUUGUCCGAUGGAACGAACCUUAUCAAAAGCUUGCAACUUGUGACAGCAGAGGCGUCAUCUUUGUGUGGAUAAAGCAUGAAGGUCGCUGGUCUAUCGAGCUGAUCAAUGACAGAAACAGUCAGGUGACAGAUUUUGCCUGGUCUCAUGAUGGGCGGAUGGCUCUGAUCUGUUACCGGGAUGGCUUUGUGUUGGUGGGAUCAGUUGCAGGACAGCGGUACUGGUCAUCCAUGUUGAACCUGGACAACACCUCAAUAUCAUGUGGUGUCUGGUCACCUGAUGAUCAGAAGGUAAUGUUUGGUACCACCGAUGGCCAGAUCAUAGUGAUGAGCUCAACUGGUGCGAUGAUAUCCCAAGUGACAGUGCAUGAUGGCAUGGAGAUUUCUUCCAUGGCUUGGUCAUGUGAAAGAUUUAACAUGGAGGAAGCUGAAAGUUCUGAAGACUCCACAAGAAACACAGAGGAUGGAAUCUCCAAGACCCACACACUAGCAGUAUGUUUCAAGUACGGGGAUAUCUUCCUGCUGUCUGGCUAUGAUGACGUGUGUCCUCGCAUCGUGUACACAACACUAACAGGUCUCAAGAUGGACUGGUCCAACUGUGGGGAGUACCUGGCAGUGGGAGGGUUCAUCCGCCUGCCCAACCUCCAGUGCCGCAAUGAACUCCACUUCUAUACCAAGGAGGGUAAACUGAAGCACUGGGUCACCGUUCCUUCUCAGGGUAAACCUCUCACAGCAUUAACCUGGGGUCACAACGACAAGCGUCUAUUUAUAGCAGCAGGAUGCCAUCUGUAUGUCGCCUGGAUCAGCAAACAGGUGGCGCCACUUCAGUUCCUCUGUCAGCGGGUCAUACAGAAAGUCUGCCGUCAAGAAAAAUAUGUUGAUCGGUUACCACUUCCAACUCGUUUACGUCUUGGUGCUCAAGCUCUUUUCUCUCCUACAAUAAAGAGCUACACUCCGGACCCCUUCAAACUCCGAGAGUUUGUGAGCACCCCUCCACCUGGCAAUGAGAGACUGUUCUGUACCAUGAUUCGCCAUGGCGACGAGACAUCGGGCGGCCAUUACACACUCUACUUGGAGUACCUAGGUGGCCUUGUACCAUUACUGAAGGGCAAAAGGGCCAGCAAACUGCGACCAGACUUUGUCAUCUUCGACCCUAAAAUAAAGACAACAGGGAAAGAUCAGCGAGAUGAGAAUGGGGAUGACACCAGCAGCAACAGCGAGUCUGAUACAGACAUUUCCUCAGAAGGGUGUGGGUCACCACGUAUGCAGAGAAAACGCCGACAAAAACAUUUCCGUGCUGAAAAAGUUGACAGGAGCAUCACCUUCCGAACCCUGGACGAACUGCUGUAUAAUGACAAUUUGCCGGAGAGUUGUAAACUGGUAGAAGUUACGUCAAACAUCUGGGGCACCAAGUUCCAGCUGGUUGGGUGUGCUUCCUACCUCCCAGAGAUGCUUGGGCACGUCGUCUACAAGACCAGCCUCCUCCACCUGCAGCCACGUCAGAUGACCAUCACCCUCUGUGAGCUCUGUGGAAGCAGCCAGCAGCUGUCUCGGGACCCCAACUUCACUCCAGCAGGCAUGAGCGAGGAUGACGACCGUCUUUGUAUAUUUUCAAGUGCAGGUUUCCAACUUUCAAGAGAGCUUGUUCUGUUUUUGAAUCGUCUGCCCAUCUUCUUGGGGUUGCAAUCAACAAGUGAUGGUCUGGAUAAUGAGGUUACCUCUGAACCGGUGGAUAAGGUGAUGCCUGUUAAUACAGACUUACAACAAGCGAAUCAGAUCUCAGUGGAUGUUCAACCAGCUCGUGGUGAAGCCUGUCGAGGAGAGGAUGUCGGCAGUGCUGUAAAUGGGCAUAGUGAUGCCCCCAAUGCCACAUUCUUGCCAACAAGACUUUCCCACUCAGGGAGUAUAAGAUCCAGAUCCUUAUCUCCAAUUAGGAAUGGUUUGAAUCAUAACUCUUUAGCAUUUAAGCUUGAAAAUGGUAGUGACAGCAAUGUGGUGAAAGAAAACUAUGCUAAUCAAGGUGCUCGACCCAAAGUGAGAAAAUGUACCCCGCUUAGUGCAACUGCUUCAGUGAAGGCUUCCAAUGUGCAACAAGGCCCAGCUAAUGGUGGGGCAGGACUCAUCCUCAGCUCAACUGAUGCAACUACUCCAAAUGUGCCCAGGCAAAGUCCCAGUUCCACAGACUCAGACACAGUUGUCCCCUCAGAUGUCCGACCAGGGGACAGCCCAAGAUGGGCAGAUCCAGCCAGCGAGGCAAUCAAAUACAUUGAUGAGGAAACCCCAGAAAAUACGGAGCUUCCUUUUGAAAAUAAUUUGGUGGGAGAUUGCAGUCCAACUGCACCCACUGUGGUGGACCUUCAACGGCGCCUAUACCUUGCUCAACAGGGUUCUGUAGACUUUGAUCCUUCUGAGGAAACCAAUAACGUACAGACCUUUUCAGAACGGAACAGCUGUGAUUCUCUGGUGAUGGAAGAAGAUACAUCUGCUUCCCUGGUUCUGUUUGAUGAUGGUCAGCCCGUUGGGCAUGGGUCUGUGGACAGGGGCAUUAAUGUGGUAGGCAAGUCUCUGUUCAAGGAGACAGAAUUGACAAAUGGUGGUGAUAUUGAAAUUUUACAUAGUGCAUCACUACCAGCCUCACCAGUGAGAAAAAUUGACUCACCUACAAGAAAAUUACGUGAAGAGAUUUUGAAAGGAAAGUGUCGGCAUCUUAGUCCUGUAUUCAGAAGGAAAACCAAACAUUCCAGAGCAGUGGACAGUUCAGAUGAAGACAUUUUGCUUGCUAUAGAGGAGAUGAAAGGCGGCCAUAGUUACAAGAAUCUGGAGACCUUCCAAAAAUCUCAGCUGAAACAAAAGCUGCGUCGAGUCCGGGGCAGCAGUUCCAAUCGUGUGGGGUCCAAGCAGCAGUUUGUUAUGCACAACAAGGCUCCACUGUGGAAUGAGAACAGUCAAGUCUACCAGUUAGACUUUGGUGGACGGGUCACUCAAGAAUCGGCUAAAAACUUCCAAAUAGAGUUCCGUGGGAAACAGGUGAUGCAGUUUGGGCGUAUCGACAGCAAUGCCUACACUCUAGAUUUCCAAUACCCUUUUACUGCUAUACAAGCAUUUGCUGUUGCUCUUGCCAAUGUCACCCAGAGACUGAAGUAGCCAUUCCAUCUGAAGGGCAGUUAAUGAUUCCCAUCAUCAUGUGCUGUGUCUGUGAUUUGAUGGAUCUAUUGAUCUAAGCCCCAGCUGCGAUGUCACAACCAGGCUCUCAAUACAUGUGGAAUGGCCUCCAGGUAUACAAGGCUCGCGGAUGUCCGUUGUUAAAUGGUCGUUUACUGAUGCCUCGUUCCGCACACACCUGCUUCAAAGGAUAAUGUUUUUUGAAGUUCAGCAUUUUAACAGGUGUGGGAAGCAAAAGCCACAAUGCUGUUAAGAAUGGCUUUUAGCUUUAAUAAUUACUUGUAAUUAGAACUGUAUUAUUUGAUUCCAAAUUAUUAGAAAUAUUGAAAUAUUUUAUCCAUAUCAUGCCAGGUAGUAAUAUGAAUUGUGAUAAUUAAAUCAUGCUAAUAGUAUAUUUUGCUAUUUCUGUUUUCAAAGUUAAAGAAAAUUGGAGACAAAUAUUUGUAUUUUGUUUUUUCAGUAAUCACUUUUCAACAUAUCAGUUUCAUAGAAUUACUGCAGCUAAAUGUAUACUAAGUAUUUUGUCUGCCCCAAAAUAUAAUGAGAUACUUUUAUUAUACAUCACAUCAGUGAGAUAGUGCCAGGCCAACUUCUGAAUAAUCAAAUCUUUAUGUAUGAUCAGGUUAGAUAUAAUCUUACUCCAUGAAGAUUUGUAUAGAAUUAACUACAUUCCACCCUGUUGACAAUAGAAUAGUUCAAUUAGAAGGCCAAUCUGGACACAGUUGUGUUUGUUGAACAUACAAGGGAAUCAGCCUCAAUCAAUAUUGAAUAGUUGCCUAUGUAACAACUGGGUAAUUUUCAAUAGUUGACAUGUAACUCGGAUAAAUAUUCAUUAACUGACCUUAUAACUGGGUAAUUUUCAAUAGUUGACCAUGUAACAGGGUAAUUUCAAUAGUUGUCAAAGUAACUGGGUAAAUUUCAAUAGUUAGCAUGUAACAAGAUAAUUUGAAUA